AUGGCGCAUGUUCCGCGGCAGUCUGUCGCGUUCAAUCCGAAUGCGAGUGCCCAACAGCUGCAGGCAAUUCAUGCGAGCAUCAGCGGUGUACAAGAAGCAUGCAGUACACUCGCCGAGACCAACGCGGUGCUUGCGUACCACACCGACAACUUGGACCGUCUUUCCACGGUGAUGGCGAACCAUCGCCAUUUUGAUCUUGCGUCGGAGCGCGACGUGCGACAAGCGCGCGAUCGCGUUGCUGCGGAAGUUGCGCCGCUGCUGCGCGAGCUGAUUGUGCGCGCGGAAGAAGCGCUCACUAAUGACGAGCGCCACGCGCGUACGCUGCGGAAUAAAGCGACGCAGGGUCUUGCAGAACUUGAAGGCGGCACAGAGCAUCGAAGCGAUAUGAUCAGUUCGCCGUCUGUCGCCAGCCUGGUAAGCGGCGCCGAGCUGGAGGAGCAGGAAAAGAAGCUCGAAAAGCUGCGCUUGCAGCGGGAGCGGCUCAUGGCACAGGUUGCGGAGCUGGAAGAGAAGCGUGCUAUGUAA